CUGUCUAUCCCCCAAGAGAUGGUGGGGCACCCUCGUUCCCCUCUUCCACUGAGCUUCGUGCACCGUAUCUAAACCCCUUCUCUCAAGUGUAACACUGCAGCAUCUUCAAAAGUUAUGCUAAAGUUUGCUCUCCCAGUGAUUCUGACCUUCUUAGGCAUAGCGAGAAGCGUGUCCCAGCAAGAUACUCAGUCACCUCGAUUGGUCAUGUACUAUGAUCAAUGGCAUCCAGAUGCUUCGAUGGAUUUGAUAUGUUCCAAAGGAAUCACGCAUUUUAUAUUGUCGUUCAUGCUAAGCCACCACCUUAACAACGAAACACUCGAUCCACUGUGGACGGCUGGUGAACCUGGCCAUAAAUGGCAUGUCAAUGCGUUGAAAAGCCUGAAAGUGAAUUGCCCCGAUGUCCAACUCAGUCUUGCGAUUGGCGGAUGGAACGACGACCCCGAAAUCGGUUGGCGGAAGACCAUAGAGAGCGACGCUAGCCUGUCUCUGUUCGCACAUAAUCUCCACAGAGUUCUCUAUGGCGAUUUCCCCAUAUUUGAAAACCAUCAAUUCGAUGGAGUUGAUAUCGACUGGGAAUAUCCAGGCGGGAAUGCUGUUGACUACAAGAGUAGCCCACAGGCCGCAGACCGUUUGCUCGGCGAAACGGACGGUUACGUCAAGCUUCUCCAGGCUAUUCACGCCGAUCUAUCACCAGACGGAAAACAUUUGUCCAUUGCAGUUCCAGGAAGGCCUAGUGACAUGCUUGUCUUCGAAGACAGUGCCAAGGCUAAAAUGAUAUUUGAGUCCGUGGACUUCGUCAAUCUAAUGACAUAUGACCUUUACAAUCGACGAGAUAACAUCACCGCCCAUCACUCCUCGGUGGAAGGCACCUUGGCUACGGCGAACGCAUAUCUCGAAAAGGGACUACUUCCGGGCAAGAUCAAUCUCGGGUUUGCACUGUAUGCUAAGUGGGCUCAUGUGAGCGGCAUCUGUACUCAGCUGGGUGGGCUUGGCUGCGAUACGUUUGCCCUGGAAGACAGCCAAGGAGCAGAUACCUUUCAAUCCGGCUCCAUGACUUUCGAAAUGAAGAACACGUUAGACGUCCCUCAGAGCUUCUCUGUGCCGGAUGGUGGUCGCUGCGGCCCUGGUACAGGAGCCAAAUGUAGUCCGGGCUUCUGCUGCUCCAGCAAGGGCUGGUGUGGCGACACUCCCGAGCACUGUGGCUAUGGUAGAUGCAAUCCUCCAUAUAGCGGCUCCGACAGCUGCCAAGGUCCUGACCUCUGGAAAUCCUGGAAAGCCGCGCUCGCGGAUCCUAUAGACGACAGCGUUGUAGUAAACGUAAACGCCGGCAGCGAGCCACUGCAGUCUUCACCGUCGAAAGAGUCUCCACCAGAUGGUGGAGUCGUAGACUUGGUGGUUACCCUAACAGCAGAUUUUACGCCGCCUCCUGUGGUCACGAUCGUAACUUGGAUAACGCAGGUGGGCUAG